GAAGAACGCGCUUUUUAACUUAAUUUGCUAUUUACAAGGGCGUUACAAAUGUCCACGGUCUGCUUUCUCAGCCCCUGGGCGUUAUAAAUAGUAUAGGUUAAUUAGUUAGCUGAGAAAUUGGAUCAGGGGCGGGCAGUUAGAAUUUGAUCCAUAGACAGGUAACUCAAGCAAUCCCUUUUGUCACUGCAAUCGGACCUAUAUAAAUCCGCCUUGACGGACAGUAGUCACCACAUAGCCUUACCUCUCUGCUGGAUCACCGACCAGGCGAGAACCCCCUAAACACGGAAUAAAAUGUCUCUCUCAUCUAUCCUUUCCGCUGAUGCCAUUGACAGUGCUCUCAAGGACUGCCAAGCACCAGACUCCUUCUGCCCCAAGAAGUUUUUCCAGUUGUGUGGCCUCAACAAGAAGAGCCCGCAGGAUGUGAAGAAGGUUUUCGGGAUCCUGGACAAUGAUGCCAGUGGUUUUGUGGAGGAGGAAGAGCUCAAGUUUUUCCUCCAGAGGUUUUCCCCUGGAGCUCGCGUUCUGACAGACAAGGAGACCAAGGGCUUCAUGUGUGCUUGUGAUGACGACAGUGACGGCAAGAUUGGAGCAGACGAGUUCCAGGCCAUGGUCUUGUCCUAAACAACUGGACUUCAUCUCCAACUUAAUCUGACCCCACCAACCUGCUCCUACUCCACUUCUUCAAUCAUCGUCAAUCAUUUUCCAUCUGGUUAGAUUAAACCUUUUGAUUCUUUUUAUUUAUUUUUAUUGCAAGACUUGUUCUGGUUCACAGACAUUCACAUCAUGAUUUUAGUUUUUUUUCUUCUUUUUCACAAGUUUUUAGACAGAUCAUAAACCUGUAUUUCCCAAAUAAAUGUAAAAUUUACCAAAUUACAGAGAAAAUAAAAGAAUAAAAUCCCAA